UUCCGACAUUUAAAAGAAGAGAAUCAUGAAUUUAUUACUAUGCGUGGUUGCGUUCAUCUCAACUGAUGCAGAUCAGUAUCUAUAUAUAUAUAUAAGUAUUAUUACACCGCAGGUCGUUCAACGAGAGUCAAGAAAUAUAUAUAUAUAUAUAGAGUACAAGUCCGCGAGAAAAACGCCUACGUCCCUCCAUUGAAUCAAAAGAGGAACAAAGAAGGCAAAUAAAUAAUAAAACGGAGAUAGAGUUAAAAAGAGAGAGGCCAAAGGGGGUUAGAUGAUAUAGGAGUGAGAGGAAAAUAAAACUUCUGGUCAAACACAAGACACUCCGCGUUCAACCGGUGAAGGGAACAGUUGUGUUUCUCGUGUUCAAUUCUCUCGAUUUCAAAAAUUAAGAAAAAACAAAUUCUAAAAACAAAAAAAAAUGUGAAUUUUUCAAUUCCAGUGACAAAAAAGGAAUAAAAAAAAAUCAGUGUUUUAAAAAAGUGCAAUUAAAAAAAAAAAAUACUAUGAUUCGUAAUUAAAAAUUAAAAAAGUGUGUUGUGUAUGUGAAAUAAAAACGGAAUUCAGAAAAGUUUCGGAUUUCAAAUAUGGUUUGACUAAAUUCCAUCUCUGAUUCAUCGGCGCGGGAAUGAAUUUUUGUGUCUGAGAAGAAGAAGAAGAAGAAGAGGAAAAAAAAGUUGAGUGAUUUCAAUGCUUUGAAAAAUCGCGGAGAGUUGAAUGCUAUUUUCACAAAUUAAAUGGAAAUAAUUCAUAAUUUCGAAAUUUCCUAAAAAAAAGGAAGAAAGAUUCAUAAAAAAAUAGAAGACUUUCACAAUAUAUAAAAAAAAGAGAAUAAAAUCCAAUAAGUGUUUGGAAAAUAAAACCAAAUGAAGGGAAAGUCAAAUAUAAAAUUAAUCGUCAAAGUCAAUUAAAAAAAAAAGAAAAGUUGAAAGUAAAAAAUUAAAAAUAAAACAAUAAAGGAAAAAUAAUUUUUAAAAAUUAAACAAAAGAAUAGAAAAAGUAGAAAGAAAGGAAAUAAGGAAAAUACAAAUAAAAGAAUAGUAAAGAAAAAGAAAAAUAGAAGAAUUGUAAAAAAAAAAUAAAGGAAAAUAUAACAAAAUAGAAGUAAAAAAAGACACCAAAGGAAAAGUAUAAAUACACCAAAGGGAAAGAAAAAAGUGGAAAAAAAAAUUAAGUGUUAAUCGGUCAAGAGUAAAAAAUUAAACGCGAAUUAUUUAAUAUAUUAGUUAUAAAGGCCAAAGGAUUUCAACACUGUGAGUUUCUAUACAAUAUUGUUGGUCAGAAAGUGUGUUUUGUGAAAGUUUUUGUUUUUGCGUACCUGUCGUUUGAACUUUGCGCGCGCGAUUCACCAAAUGAUUUCUGUUUUUUUUUCUCCGCAAUGAGGCAAAAUAUUUGAACGAAGGAAAAUUAUUUUUUUUUUCCUCCCCCAUCGUCAAUGUGACAAACAUUCUAUUUUUUCGAGGUUGGAGAAUGAUCUUGGUGUAUAAGAUCCUGCUGCCCCUCGUGGGAUUCCUGACCGUUGUCGUUCAUGGAACAAAAUGCGGUCAACCAGCAGUGCCGAUGAACGCCAAGGUUUCUCUAUCAGAUGACACCUUAAAAAUAGGCACCCUUGCCACCUACACCUGCGAUGCAGGUUACGAGAUUUUCGGAACAGGAUCGCUAGUCUGUAAUAAUAGGGGGAAGUGGCAAGGAGAACUUCCAUUCUGUGGAACAAAUGUCGGUUUUCGAAAGCCGGCAAAUCAAUCUACAACUGUGAGAGGAGGUGAUGCAAAUCAUGGAAACGAUGGAGAUUUUGGUACAGAGCACGAUGGGAAACGAUGUACAGAAACUCAAAGUGAGCCUAGUCCAUGGUGGAGGGUAGAUCUUCUCAAGCCAUAUGCUGUCAAGGUCGUCAGGGUGACGACCAGAGGUUGUUGCGGUCAUCAACCACUUCAGGAUAUUGAAAUUCGUGUUGGUAACAGUAGCGCAGAAUUACAACGAAAUCCACUUUGCGCAUGGUUUCCGGGUACAAUUGAGGAAGGAAUAACAAAAACAUUCGUGUGUGCAAGGGCCUUGAUUGGACAGUACGUGUUUCUUCAAUUGGUUGGAGUUGAAGGCAGUUUGAGUCUCUGUGAAGUCGAGGUCUUUGCUACCGAUGAAUUCUCGGUCGACAGAUGCGCACAUGCAGGAACGCCAGCUGAUGCCGAUUUAGCGGCAUUUAAUUCAACAUGUUAUGAAUUUAUAGUCAAUAAAGGUGGCUCUUUCCACGAAGCAAGAUCUCACUGUAAAUCACGGGGAGGCGAUUUGAUCCACGGAUUUACCGGAAUAUCCUCGAGUUUUAUUUUAAAUAAUCUUGAAAGAAGAAAAGAUAAAUUAAAAACCCAAUUAGUUUGGAUUGGAGCACAAAAAGAGCCGUUAAUAACAGCAAGAACAUGGCGAUGGGUUGAUGGUGAAGUUAUUCAGAAACCAUCGUGGGGUAAAGAUCAACCUAAUAACUACAAUGGAGAGCAAAAUUGUGUCGUUUUAGACGGAGGAAGAGGAUGGCUUUGGAAUGACGUGGGUUGUAAUUUGGAUUAUCUUCAUUGGAUUUGUCAAAGCAAGCCAUCGAUAUGCGGCAGUCCUGAGAGAUCGGAAAAUACAAGUAUUGUCGGUUCCAAAAGAACGAUUGGAGCAAUUAUUGAAUACACAUGUCCCGAUGGUUAUAUGCUUUUAGGAUCGAAAAAUAGAAUUUGCGAAUCCACGGGAUUUUGGAGUGCGAAUCCGCCCACCUGUAAAUUUGUUGAUUGCGGACAAUUACCAGAUUUUGAAAAUGGAAUCGUAAAACUCCUUGACGAUAGAACAACUCACGGAGCUCUGGCUGAUUAUUCAUGUAAAGAAAAUUACACUCUCGUAGGAGAUUCAACACGAAGAUGUGGAGACGGAGGAAUUUGGAGUGGCCAUCAACCUCAAUGUUUAUUUAACUGGUGUCCAGAACCACCGGAAAUAAAUGGAGGUGUCUUCGAAAUAACCGGAAGACGCGUUGGAUCAAUUGCAACCUAUUCUUGUCAAAAUGGCUUUAUCCUUUUUGGAGAUAAUGUCCUGACGUGCGAUAUCGGGGGCCAAUGGUCGGGUAAAAGUCCACAGUGCCGAUUUGUUGAUUGUGGAGCCCCGGCCCAAAUUGAAUUUGGAACUGUGACCCAAUUAAAUAAAACAACAACUGUUGGCAGUUUAAUUAUGUAUAAUUGUCAAGAUGAUUAUUGGCUUGUUGGCGAUGCAAAACAGGAAUGCACAAGAGAAGGAAAAUGGAGUCGCGAUACUCCUUCUUGCGAGUUAAUAAUUUGCGAGGAACCGGAAGUUCCAGCUGGAAGUUACGUCGUUGGAUAUGAUUUUAAUGUACAUAGCUCAAUUACAUAUCAUUGUGAAGCUGGAUAUUUGCUACAUGGUGAAGCAAAACACACUUGUGGCAAAAAUGGAGAAUGGACCGGUGAUGUUCCAUCUUGCGAAUAUAUCGACUGUGGAAAGGUCCUUCCAGUUUUAAAUGGAGCGGUCGAUUAUAUAAAUGGGACAUCACAUUUGGGAAGUGAAAUUUCAUAUUCUUGCACAAGAAAUUAUAGACUUAAUGGAGUUGAAAAAAGAUAUUGUCUAGACAAUGGUCAAUGGAGUGAUGCUACACCGAAAUGCGAAGAAAUUCGCUGUUCAGAACCAGUAUUAGCGAUUCAUGGAAUUCUCUCGGUGACUGGAAACGAUAGAAUGUAUGGAAGAACAUUGAUUAGAACUGGAACAGCCGAAAAUUCCAAUACAGGUGCAACGUCCUAUAAAAUUGGUGCACUUGCCAAAUAUAGAUGCGAGAGAGGCUAUAAAGUUGUUGGAGAACCAUUGUCCACAUGUGAAGAUACAGGAAAAUGGAGUGGCGAAGUACCACAAUGUGUUUAUGUUGACUGCGGAAAACCAGAACAAAUUCAACAUGGACAUUAUACUUUAACAUCAAAUGCAACAUAUUAUGGUGCAGCUGCACUUUAUGAAUGUGAUGGAAACUACGAACUCGAUGGCUUUGCUCGAAGACUUUGUCUUGAAAAUGCAACCUGGAGUAGUGACACACCAAUUUGCAAAGAAAUUAGAUGCAAAGAUCCAGAUAAAAUGGGAAUGAUAGCAACGCAAAUUUCAACUCACAGCGUUGGUGGAGUCGCACAUUAUAAUUGUCCCCGUGGCUAUUAUAUGGAAGGAAAUGAAACGAGAAUAUGUUUACAAAAUGGAUCGUGGAGUGGAACAUCACCAGCUUGUUAUCCUGUUGAUUGUAAGGAUCCAGGAAUUGUCGAAAAUGGAAGAGUAAUUGUCGUAAACGGAAGUACAAGUUAUGGAGGUGCAGCCGAAUAUCAUUGUCUACCACAUUUCGAAAGGGUUGGUCCUUUCCUUAGAAAAUGUUUAGAUACUGGAAUUUGGAGUGGCGAUGAACCAAAAUGCAUGUUGUCUUUGAACGAAGUGGCAGAAGUCCAAGGAGUUGGUACCAGUGUUGGAAUUGGUGCUGGAGUUAUAAUUUUCAUUUUGGUAAUCAUUGGCCUCGCUUAUUUGCGUCUACGAAAAGCCAGUCCAGUAAAAAAUACCGAAAACGUACAAGCUGCUGAGAGAAAAGAGGAUCAAAAUGCAGCAGUUAUGUCCUACGCUACAUUAAAUGAUGGAAUUCCAGGUACAAUGUAUGAAAAUGUUCCUGAAGAUGGUCUUUAUGAUAAUCCCUACAGUAUCAGCGGUAGUGCUUACGGAUACGGAGGACAUGGACGAAGAGUUUACAAUCGUUCUGGACAUUAUGAGGCUGAACCAGUUCACCAUAGAAAUGGUAUCACAAUCAAUGGAGUUUCCGUUCGAUAGUUGCCAUUAAAUAAAAUCUACAACCUUUAAAAAAAAAAUUUUA